AUGGAGGACUGCGCGGACCGCGCGAAGACGCCGCUGGGGAGCACGCGCAUGCAGGCGGACAAGAAUUGGCGGUGGUCAAAGUUUCUGAGCAAGGGAAUGAUGAGCCCGCUGGCCAAGACCAAUCCGCUGUUCUUUAACUGGAACUACGUCAUGCCCGUGUAUUGCGACGGAGGCGGGUUUCAAGGGAAGGCGGGGUUGAGAUCGGUGCAGGGCGGUCCGUCGCUGUACCUGGACGGUCGGAAGGUUCUCCGUGCGAUUCUUAGAGAUCUCAUAACGACACGUGGCAUGUCGUCAGCCUCUCAGGUUCUCCUCUCUGGGGCAUCGGCGGGCGCGCAGGCAGUGACGACCUUUUGUGACUUUGUCGCGGCGCAGCUCCCGGGCGCCACCACCAAGUGCCUCAUGGACUCGGGCGUGUUCGUUGACGCGCGCGACCGCAAGGGCGGGCGGAGAUUCCGGUCAGUGGCGCAGAAGCUGGUGGCGAUACAUCAAUUCCAGGGGAGCGACCGCUGCAGCGCAGAGUACAACUCUAGCACGCAGUGGCGCUGCUUCUUCCCUCAAUACUCCCUGCGCUUUGUCUCCCGCCCCGUCUUCAUCGCCAAUUCCCUCUUCGACCGCCACGCAGCCGUCAUCGGCAACCAGAUGCCGCUCGAUUUCACCUACGCUGACACGUGCCUGUCGGAGCUGCUCGCGCAGCCAAUCACAGUCAGCCAGCUCCAGAGCGACCACAUGAGGAGCGUGAUUCCGGUUGCACAGAAGCCGAUGCAGCACUGCACGGAUGCCGAGAGGGAUUCGGUGCUGUCUGUUGCGGUAAAUGUGCUGGAUACUGUGGAAGAGUACGUGAAAGGCCACCCACAAUCAGCGGCGUUUUUGCCUGGGACGUCCGACCAUGGGUUCACGUUUGUUGGGCUUUGGAGUAAGAUGAAUGUCAAAGGGGCGAGGAUACGGAAUGCCACGACUUUCCCCACCCGCACCCCGUCCCCCCUCUGCCUUUCGACGCGCAGCGCGGCAUCCAACACCAGCUCUCCCCCGUCUCCCCCCCCCCCGUUAACACUCUUCCCCUCCGUUCCCCCACUUGUCCAACCCGUGAAUGAGAACGCUGCACGCUGCAGCACGUUCGCUCGGUCGCUCGAGUUUCCAAACUCAGUCGCUCCAGUCUCGCCGCAGCGCGCUUUCCGGUGGAUGAAGCCGUCAGCGGACCUGUCGCCGUCCUCGGCCGCCAUGUGUAAGCGCGAGGGGGGGCACGGCGGGGACGCAUCGCGGCUGACGGAGAGCGAGAAGGAGAAGACGAAACUGCGCGAGCGGCAGCGCCGCGCCAUAACCACGAAGAUCUUUGCCGGCCUGCGCAAGUACGGCGGAUACAACCUUCCGCCGAGGGCGGACAUCAACGACGUUCUGCGAGCGCUCGCCGCGGAAGCCGGCUGGGUCGUCGAGUCCGACGGCACCACCUACCGCUCCCCCGUACGAGCCGCGCUCUCUUUUUCCUUUCGCCUCCGCUUGCCACACCGUUUUGCACCCGGCGUUCCGCGUACUUCCGCGGCGCUUUACAUAGCAGCAUCCCCCCAACGGUUGUUUCUUAACGGCAGCUUUCAUGCCCGUCUCUCGCGCGCUUUCAUGCCCCUUUUCUCGCCCCUCGGCUUCGCACGUGCAGCCGUUCCUGGCUCCUCCAUCGCUAUCCUUCCCCAGCCAUUUGUUACUCAGGCGCUUGCCUGGUCGCGUCGCGUUGACCCGCUCGUGUUCCCAAUGUCUCUUUACCCGCUAUCGUUCCCUUCUUUACCCUCUAAUCUUCCGUUUUUCCCCGUACUCUUGCUCCUGCUCUCUUUCUCCCGUGGCCAGGGGUCGCAGCCGCCCACUCGCCACUCGUCGCUGCACAGUCGCACGGCGGCUGCCAUCGCCGCCGGCUCGCUCGCCAUGUACCCGACACAGCAGGCGACGCAGCUGGCGCCGCAGCUGGCGCCGCAAUCGCCUGCGCAGCUGGCGCAUCUGCAACAUCCUGCCGCGCACCUAACUCAUUCCGCGCACCCGCACGCGCUUCCCCAGCUCGCCGCAACGCCGUCAGGCGGAACCGCAUCUGUUUCGCCCAUGUCUCCGCGGGAGGCUUGCGCGUCCGCUCCGCUCGUCGGCUCUCCGCCCUCCACCGGCAGCCCCUCGCUGCUCCCCCGCUCCUCCCCGCCUUCCGUUCCCGCAUCCGCUGCAGCUUCCGCCAGCGGCGCGGUGGGGGGAACCGGCGGAGGCAUGGCGGGCGUGGGGCUGGGUGGCGGAGGCAUGUACGGCGGCGGCAUGAUGGCGGGAAUGAACGGGUUCGGCCUCCCCGGGUCGUUCCCCGCGAUGCACAUUCCGCACGGCAUGCUUGCGCUGAUGCCGCAUCCGCCAGGCACUUCCUCCGCCGCUGCGGCUGGCGGAAUGGGCGCGUUUGCGAUGAGCAUGGGGCCGGGCGGAAUGAGCGCGGGCAUGGGCGCGGGCAUGGCCGCAGGCUUGAGCGCAAGCAUCGGCGGGGGCACAGCGAUGAGCGCGGGUGUGGACAUGAAGAUGGAUCCGCACGGGGGGGGAAUGCUGCUGGCGGGAACGACGGGCGGAAGCAGCGCGUGCAUGAUGGGGAUGUUGGGGAGCGGGGGUGACCCCAUGUCCGCCGCCGCCGCGGCAGCCGCGGCUGCCUCAAGUGGGGGUGGAGUGGGCGGUGGUAUGGCCGGCGUUGUGGGCGGCGGAAUGGGCGGGGCAAUGAUGCUUCUCCCCGGAUUCCAUUCCCUACCCCAUGGCGCGGGCUCGGCUGCUGCAGGGGGAAACAUGGGCGGGAUAAUGGGGCCCCUGGGGGAGCUACACAUGGGCGGAGGAUUGCUGGGCGGAGGGGGCGGGGGCAGCACUUUGCUCGGGGUGGAAGGAGAGGUUUCGCUGUCCCCGUCGUCUGAUAUCACUCUAUAG